AACCACUCGGGGGGAUAAACCAGUAGUGCGUCACAGCCCUUGGAAAAAAAAAGAAAAAGAAGAGAAGCAAAGAAUCAACAAACACGCGAGUCCAUCCGUGCCAAUGGCAACAAAAGCAGUAUUGCUGAUCUCAGAAGAGAACACACCUCGCAGUACUACAGGUGGCGGAAGAUAUGAAUUUCGGGAGCAGUGCUCCUGGUUUUCGUAAGAGCUGCAAACUUACCAGACGCGCCGCUUAUUGAUAUGGAGGACGCCCAGGUAAAACCGUGAUUUGGAGAAAGUAAAAGGUUUGGCCGCGGCGCCGUUGCUACAGUACCUGAUCGAUGAAAUGAAAUAACAUCGGAUCGACGAGAAUGAAUCCCAGUGUCUCCAAAUAAGGCUGAGGAAAAGACACGUAAUAUGAAGAGCUUUCGCAGAAACGGGUAAAAAAAAAGUUCGCUGCAUAUUAAGACUUCAGCGCGUAUCGAGAGAAUUCAGACGCAGAAACAUCAAUGUGCAGACAGCGCACCAUCUGCGCGCCUCUGAUUUCGGUGUAAAAGAAAGAUCUGCCUGUGUUGCCGCGAGGAAGAAAGUUUCCUGAAAGUGAGAGGAAUUAUGGCUUCUGAAGGGUCAUCGGGGCUGGCUAAAUCUGCAGCUGUGAAAUUAUCGGAGAUGGGGGAAAGAACUAAACAGUUAGGUACCGCUAUGCAGGAUCCCCAUCGACAAAGAAGGAUUAUUUUAGUGAUUGUCUGUGUCGCACUCCUGUUAGACAACAUGCUGUAUAUGGUUAUCGUGCCGAUUAUACCCGAUUAUUUGUUAUAUUUAGAGAAGGAACAGUCAUCUGGAAACUCUAGCUCUUCAGUCAACAACACCGAAAACUUAGAUAUAAAAAUAGGAGUUCUCUUUGCAUCGAAGGCUAUUUUACAGCUUCUAGUUAACCCCUUAAGCGGGACCUUUAUAGACCGAGUUGGGUACGACAUCCCGCUUUUAAUUGGGCUUAGUGUCAUGUUUGUUUCUACUUGUAUAUUUGCCUUUGCUGAAAAUUACGCCACGCUAUUCGUAGCUAGAAGUCUGCAGGGUCUGGGGUCGGCCUUUGCCGAUACUUCUGGGAUCGCCAUGAUAGCCGACAAAUAUACGGAAGAGGCCGAAAGAAGCAGAGCCCUUGGCAUCGCGCUGGCGUUCAUCUCAUUCGGGAGCCUGGUGGCGCCCCCCUUCGGAAGCACAUUAUACGAAUUCGCCGGGAAGAGUGUUCCCUUCAUCGUGCUUGCCUGCGUCUGCCUGCUAGACGGCAUUUUGUUGCUGACUGUGAUCAAACCCUUCUCAAACAGGACUAGAGAGAACAUGCCAGUAGGCACCCCUAUAUACAAACUCAUGAUUGACCCAUACAUUGCUGUUGUGGCGGGAGCCCUGACGACCUGUAACAUUCCUCUGGCCUUCCUGGAACCUACAAUAGCCAACUGGAUGGAGAGCACCAUGCACGCCACAAAAUGGGAGAUGGGACUGACCUGGCUGCCAGCAUUCUUCCCCCACAUUCUGGGUGUGUACAUCACUGUCAAAUUAGCUGCAGAGUAUCCUAACUACCAGUGGUUUUAUGGAGCUGUCGGCAUGGUUAUCAUAGGGGCCAGCUCCUGCACUGUCCCAGCCUGUAGGAACUUUGGACAGCUCAUUGUGCCGUUGUGUGGCAUCUGCUUUGGCAUUGCCCUGGUGGACACUGCCCUCCUGCCCACCCUUGCUUUUCUAGUGGACGUCCGCCAUGUGUCAGUCUAUGGUAGUGUCUAUGCCAUUGCAGAUAUCUCCUACUCUGUCGCUUAUGCCAUGGGGCCCAUAGUGGCUGGCCAGAUAGUCCACAACCUGGGCUUUGUGCAGCUGAAUCUGGGUAUGGGCCUCGUCAAUGUCCUCUAUGCCCCUGCCCUCCUCAUCCUCCGAAACGUGUACCAAAUGAAGCCCUCUCACUCGGAGAGAAACAUCCUUCUGGAAGAGGGACCAAAAGGGCUGUACGAUACCAUAAAGAUGGAAGAGCGAAAGGCCAAGAAGAAGAGCUUUGUUAGCUCCGCUGGAAACUACGUCCCCGGAGACGAGAACGGAAUUGACACUUAUAGAGGACAACAGGCAAGUAGGUCAUUUUCUGAAGAGGACUCUUCCGGGCCUGAGUACAGUUAAAAGGAAAUGAGAAAGACAUGUAAUGAAAAUGAUUUUUUGUGACUGUUCAGAAUAGUAUCUUCCAUGUUAUGUACCAAUGUGCAAUAUAAUAUUUACUGUACCUAACCUAAUCAUGGCUGUGUUACUAAGGAACUUCCAGAUGAUUUUUUUUUGUUUCUUGCAAAAAUAACUCCCUAAAGCAAUGAUGAUACAUUUUAUGAAUCCUAUUUUUUCAAGUCUGUAGUGAAACGUUCAUUAACUCUAGAUGUAUAAUCAAAGUAUUGUGAAAAGUUUACUAAGAUUGAUGGGUUGUGCAUAAAUAUUGUACAUCAUUGUAAAAAGUUAAAUAUAUGUAUUCCAAAAAUCUAUCUGAAUAUUCAGGGACCUAAGCGUAAAUUGAUAAAUAGUGUAUAUAAGUGUCAUAUUCUUUUCUUUAACAGUAUUGUACGCUCUGUAACCACCUUGCCUGAUGUGUGCUGCUACAAUAAACAUGCAAUAUGUCAUAUUAAACUCUGAAACAUUAAGGAUUACUUAAGUGUGACAAAUCGAAUCCCGAGUUUGAAAGGGUGUCUGUAUUCAGUGUUGAUUAUUUUUUUAGAUGACGUAAUUUCCAGAAUGCAAAGAUGUACUAUAUGAAACUGCAAAAUGUAGAUAUGUGCAUAUUAACUAUGUAAAUAAUUAAACACGUAAUAUGU